AUGGACUCGCGAGGGUUGGUGCUUCUAGAAGAUUUGGUUUCUGGAGCAUACGAUCGGAAAAAGGCGGCCGAGGCAGACGCGAAACGCAGAAGAAUCGAGAAGAGACGGCAGGAGAAAGCAGAGGCAGAAAUCGCAGCUGAAAUAGCAUUGAAAAAACAUUUAGCCAAGCUGGAGUUUGAGUUACCGAGAGACCCCGACCAACAAAAAGAAGAAAUGCUGAAGACCACGGAGGAGGAGCACUACAGAUACAUCCACCCUAAGGACUUGGAGAGGAUACAAUAUUAUCUGACGACGGCCCUGGUCGGCAAGCACUUGCCAGAAUACCCUCAGCACCUGUACAAGCGAGCGAAGGUGGAAGUGGACAAGCAGACGGCGGCCAUCAAGAAGCGCCUCCUCAUCCUGACGUACCAGGCCUGCGUGCGGCAAAGCGAAGCUGAUAUUAAGGAGUUCUUUCUGAUGGCUAUGAAGAGGUGCCUGCUAUCUUACAUCCUGGAGGACCCAGCCGAAUGCGAGCGCCUCCGCAUUGCGUUCUUACCAACUCUGUGGCCGGCACUAUGCGUGCGCGCGCCCGUAGCGUGGCACGCGGACGCUGUGCGCGCGCGCCAUUCGCUGCACUACCGCUUCUACCAGGGCAACCCUGUGCUGCUCGAGCUGCGACGCAUCUGGCACGACAG